AGAAACACAGAUAGCAGACCUGCUGCACAGACACAAACACACACACUGUCUAGACUGACAAGCAAAGCCAUGAUCCUAACAGGCCGUAGUCUGUGUCUCCCCUCUCCAGUCACCGUCCAGGAGCUGUUCUUUGUAGCUCGAGAUGCUGGCAUCAUCCCAGAUAUCUCCUUGGAUCCUGUCCUCACCACCUUUCUGUCACUGGACUCCUCUGCAGCCUUACAGCAUCAGUAUGUUUCCUUACAGCGGAGCAUGAGCAGUGAGCAGCAGACUGCUUUCAGAAACAGCCUGACUGAGGAGCUGGGGGGCAGCAGCAGGGUCACAAAUGGAGGGGUAGGGGUUGUUGCUCUGGCUCUGUCCAUCCUUUUUGACCAGAUCUCCCAACAAGUGAGUAAAACUAUUUGUCCAUUGAUUGUAAUAUUGACUUCUGUCCCUCAAAGCAAAGACCAUGUCAGCUGAAAUCUUCCUGUUUUAGUGAUUCUCAGAAAUGUGGGGCUGACAUGCCCACGUUUUUAUAGUAUAUAUUGAAAAUCACAUUUGCAACCCUCCAUUUGCACUUGAAUGCAGUUUUUGAUAAUGUGUAUGGAUAUUUUUUUUCCCCUUAAAAUUGUUGUUGGUUUUCUGUCCAUUUAUUUUCUUAAACUAAAAUUACAAAAUUUUGACAAAUACACCAUUUUGUGGAGCAUGAGUUUUAACUGACUGCUUCAGUAUUUUUUAACCUGACUAAAGUCAACCAAUGCAGUCUUUGGGAAUAGUUCUGCUAGCAUGCUUCUACCUGGUAAAUAUGGUUAGAUCAUCAUGAAUGAGCACAAUGCCGUGUCACUGGAGAAGCUUUAUGGUCAGAAUUCAUAUAAAAUUUAUUUUCAUAUUUUUAUGGUCAGAUGAUUUUUUGCUGAGUCAUGCUCAGGUUAGGAAGCUCAAAUGCCAGAUUCAAAACAAUAAUAAAGUGGGGUUUCAGGUUAAACUUGAAAGGCAUCAGACGGAUAUUGUUUAUCAGCCAUACUUUGCUAACAUUGCUGUUAAACUUGACAGCAAACAAAAAUAUUUUAUAGGCUUGAAUUAAAAGCAAACCUUAGGCUAGGCUGUUGCCAACAGAAAUGUUAACUUAUUACUUUUUUUUUGUCGUAUACUUUACAAUUGAUUCUAUGUUUGGAUUAGCUAAUAGUCAUAUACCAUAUUCAGAGGCUAAAUGUUACAUAAGCUGUUAUAGAAAGUUUUCUGUUUAUAUAUUUAUUUUUAUUUCUUUUACAUUGGAGAUUCUCCCAACUACAACACCUUCAACUCAGAUACCUAGCCUUUUAAAAAAAGGCUGACAGCAUUGUAACAGCUUCUAGGCCCCCAAACUCUGUAACAAAGCAGCUGUUGUGUGAAUUGCUGUUGGCUUUUCUAUUGUAUGACAAAGAACAGCGCUAAAACAAAAGUGAAACACAGAAUUUCUCACUUAUUGUCAUCCCACCAGGUCAGAGUAAAUGGAUCAACAGAGGGUGAUUUAUCAGCUCAUAGAUUCCAGACUAAGAGGAUUUUUGGCAUCAGCAGUUCUUCACGAAUUGGCCGGAUUAUCAAAAGCUACCUUCACCACAUUCCUGGCAUUGCUAACAACCCAGAAAAGAUAGCAGAGACUACAGAACUCUACGACAACUGGCUGAAACUGGAGAUAAUCGACCAUUAUGAGAGGAUGACCACGAAGAAGAGAAUGAGUACACUGUCCAUGCAACAGUGGCUGGUGGGGGCUGCUGUUCAUCUACACAUAAGGAUUCACCAGGUCAGGACAGUCGAAAAGCUGAGGCACACAAACAUCACACUGAUAAUACUUUAGUUUAUCAUGAAAUAAUUGUCUCUCAAAACUCACAGUAUAAUGUCUGCUAGGAUGCAAAGGCAAACAUUUUUUUAAAGAUAGUUCAGUAUUUAUUGGCUAAAGAGACAGAUGUGUUUGUAAGGUAUUGUUGGAGAGCAGAGAUACAAUGUCUGCAUGUAAUUUUUAAUGGCUGUAACUGCUGUGAGGUGGUAGGUAAGCUGAAGGAACAGCCUUGGUUACUUGACACAGCAAAAUAUACAGGCGAGUCAUUAAUAUCACUGUGAAAAGACAAAAACGGAGAUUGUUUGUCAAUUUCAGAGCCGCCUCAAGCCUAAAUGGGGCUCUAAGCAAAAUUUGAUUUUGGGGCCCUCUAUUUCUGCCAAUAAUAUUGAUUGUUGAUUAUUCACUCACCUUUAUAAAUCUCUUUGAUUAACAUUCCAUGACAUGCAGACGUACAUUUUUCUUGGCAUUUUUUCUCUUCUUUCUCUUUCUUUUCUCUGCUCCUAAAGGAUACGUUGUCUUUUGCCCCACAACUACCUGCGCUUUGGAUGUUUAGUGCAUAUUGCACGGCAAAAGGCACAUGACAGUAGAGGAGCUUUGACAUAUCGGCAGUAAGAGUUAUAGGCCUAUAUCAACAGCAGCACUACAAUGUUUUUACUUUAUUUUUAUUUUACAAUAAUAUAUAUUUGAACAUACAGAAAGCAUCACUCAUACAUGCAAACAAUGAAAAAAAAAAUAUAUAUAUUUUUGAUUGCUCUUGGGGGCCCUUAGUUCGCUUCUGCCUUGGGCCACCUCUAGUCAAUUUACACAACUUUCAGACAAAAUCUUCGACAAUAUAGGUUACUACUUUUCCACAGGGGGCGCCAAAGUCAACACCAACAAAAAGCUCUUCACAGGCAAUAGCACACAUCCUUUCCCUUCCUGUAUUAUUGGCAAGGAUUUUGGCACAGGACAUUAAUCAUUAGUGGCUUACUCAUCCAUUAUAAAUAUCCAGGAAGUAUCGAGCUGAUCUAAAAGCUUUUCUAUAACCUUCCCAACAGAUCCGUCUGCACUCUGUGCCAUCAGGAUCAGCUGAAUCACUGCGUCGGUCUUACAAGACUGGGUUUGGUCAACUGAUUCAGGGCUACACAGCGUAUCUAUUCAGAAACAUCCGGGAGACUCCAAGACCACGGAAACCCAGAGCCCGGACGAGACAAAAUGACAUAUUUAGCAUCACAAACAUGACCUGCUCAAGUGAUCAGCUCUUCAAUAUUAGCUUGGUUGAUCCAAGUGUGAGUGCUGAUAAUGAAACAACCACAACCAACUCCACUGGUGAUACUAGCAAAAGCUGUAAAAGAGAUGCACCCAGUGAAGACUUUGGACCUAGUGUGAUUAAAGAAGGCAAUGAAACGAUAGUAAGGGUGGUGAAUAAGAAGGAAGUAAAUGGUUCCUCUGAAAAUAGCAUAGGCGAGGAUGUCAGCCAGCUGGGUCUGCUGGUGAUCGAGCCUCAUAGGAAUGUGAGUCACAGCGUGCAGCACCACCCCUGUGAGUCUCCCGCCAUACAGCAAGCUUUAGUGACGCGCAUUAUGAAUGCUCUGGACCUGGUACAAAGCAAAAACUUCUUCCUUCAUUCUGAGAGAGUUCUUCACAGUCUGUUCAAGCAGAGAGAAGACUUUGAGUUCACAACUGAGUAGACAGAAAUCUAUUGUUUCAUUUAAUGUUUAUCUGAGAGAAGUGACGGCUUAUUAGCAAAGAUUGUGUAAUGGAAAAGUACAAACAUUGCAAAAGAGGUCAAAUACACUGAAAACAAUGGUUUAACUUCUCGUGUGGCUAAUUAUUGAAAUGAGCAUUCCCUAAUGUUUUAAAAAGUUUACAGUCUUGGAGCGAUUUGAAUUUAGAAUAAAUGUCCUAUGAUAAUAAUCUUAAACUGUGACAUUUAUGCACUUUUAUACUCGUUAAAAGGGGCACGAUCUACCUUAAAUGGUGGGAAAAUAAAGAAAAACUUAAGUUUAAUUCAGAAAUCAAACAUUAAGUCAAUCUUAAAUUAAUAAAUUUCAUACCUCAUACUGAAAUUCUCAUUUCACGGACUCCACUUCUUGAAGAACACUAACAGAAAAGAGUAAAUACAUGUGAAUGAACUUUAUCAUGAUUAAUAAUGGGUUCUAUACUAAUUAAUAAAAUAUAAACCAAACAUUUCUAAACCUUUUCUGUUACUUAGAGUGAAGUUAUGAUCCAUAGUCUAUAAAUUUAACUCUUUAAAGUUUAUGAAACAGUCUGAAAAGCUGUUGGUCUAAAGAAACUAAAGAAUAAAGGAUUUAUUCUGUCAGUGAUAGCUUGGCUUCUGGAGCACAUAGAAAAACGUGACACAUCUCAUUUUAACACAAAUUUCAUAAUUAGAUAAGACGCCAUUAUCAGUAAUUUGUUUUCUUUCUCCAAAGGAAUGCCGUUUUUCUCACUACAUGGUUGGCAGGGUUUUACGAUGGGUGUCUGGAGCUCAGCGUCCUGCUCCUCACACCUUUCCUUUGAUACCUUGUGUUCCCACACCACAGUUAUCUUGUUGUCUCUCUCCCUCCCCCUGUCCUCUCCCCCUCUCCCCUCUUCUCUCUACAUCCCUCCCCAACCCAGCAGCGGCAUGGUGGCUGUCUAACAUGAGGCUGGUCCUGCCCAAGGUUUCUGCCUGUUAAAAGGAAGUUUUUCCUUGCCACUGUAACUCAUGUUAGUUGAGAUGGGCCAAAACCCAUCUUAGGUUGGUUUUUGAUCAUCAAACAAUGAGCGUGGUCCAGACCUGCUCUUGUUCCUUGAAAAGCGUCUUGAGAUGACGACUGUUGUGAAUUGGCGCUAUAUAAAUAAAAUUUGAGUGAUUGAUUGAUUGAU